AUGCCAGAGGCUUGCUUCCUGUGUUUGGACUCCACGGAGUUUAUGCGCAACGGCGAUCAGUUUCCCACGCGUUUCCUCGGGGUCCAGGAGGCUGCCAGUCUGCUCUCCAACGCCAAAAUUCAGAUGAAUGCGGAGAACACUGUGGGAUUUCUGACACUUGGCGGCAACGCAUGCACCGUCUUUGAGACCCUCACGCUGGACGUGGAGCGCGUCAUGUGCAGCCUUGCAAAUAUUUCUAUCCGAGGCAAACGGUGCCACUUUUCGCAGGGGCUCCAGAUCGCUUCUCUCGCACUGAGCCACCGAACAAACCCGCGUGCGGAAAAGCGCAUUGUCGCCUUCAUUGGCACCCCACUUACCGAAACGGACGAGGAGCUGGACAAGCUGGCGCGUAAGCUUCGCAAGGAUGAUGUGGCUGUGGAUAUUGUGGGGGUUUGCGUUGAGGCGAAUGUCCCUCGUCUUGCGGCAUUCGUCGACAGGCUGAAUAAGAAUGGCAACUCCCGCUUCCUUAGCAUCCCUGUCGGUGCUAACCUCACGGACGCAUUGAUGUCCAGCCCCAUUUUGCUGGGUGCCGACAGCGUUGGCGGCGCAACCGAUAACCACGAGGCGUACCAAGGCUUUGGCGUAGACCCUUCCAACGAUCCCGACCUCGCCAUGGCCAUUCGCAUGUCACUGGAGGAGGAGCAACAACGACAGGCGGCUGCGGCAACACUGGCGCCCCAAAGCACGGCCCCCGUUGCUGCAGCCGCGCACGAGGAGGCUCCCCCGCCGCGUGAGGACCCGGAAGACCUGGAGAAUUUGUCUGAGGAGGAAAUGCUUGCACGCGCGUUGCGAAUGUCGUUGGAGGAGGCACCAAAGACGUCCGGGGGUGCAGAGACGAGAAACGCGGCUCCCACUUCCGACGAGGAGUCCUUUCUCCACGAGCUGGAAAGGCAGCUGGAGAGGAAACACCCAAAAAGUGAAACCUCUCAACCCCCCGGAGGCGAUAACCUACCUGGGAAUGAGGAAGAGUCCCAAGGUGAGGAAGAACAAAAGAAGAAGGACAAGUAG